AUGUCCUCCUCCUCCUCCUCUCCAGUGCGGGACCUGGCGAAGCAGGACCCUUCCAAGGCCAUUGCCAGUUAUCAAAAGAUUCUCUCAUCCGGCCCGGGCUCUACGGAGGCCUCAUCGCGAGACUACGAACAUGCAUUGAUUGGAUUGGGACAGCUUUACCGCGAUGCUAAGAAGCCGCAAGAGAUUGCCGAACUCAUCAAGACCAGCCGGGAUACCUUCUCGUCGUUUGCCAAGGCAAAGACCGCUAAGCUGGUUCGCCAGCUUUUGGACCUCGUCAGCGAAAUCCCGAACACUCUCGACCUCCAAAUUACCGUUAUCCAGUCAUGCAUAGAAUGGGCCGUCGCCGAGCGACGGUCUUUCCUGCGCCAGAACCUCCAGGCACGGAUGGUCGCGAUCUAUAUGCAGAAGCAGCAAUAUUACGAUGCUUUAACUCUGAUCAACUCUUUGCUCCGGGAGUUGAAGCGACUGGAUGAUAAACUCAUGCUGGUGGAGGUGCAGCUUCUCGAAUCCCGAGUAUACCAUGCAUUGGGUAAUCAGGCCAAGGCACGCGCAGCGCUGACAGCCGCGCGAACAUCAGCUGCCUCUGUCUACACACCACCUAAUCUACAGGCUGGACUUGACAUGCAGAGCGGUAUGCUGCACGCAGAGGACAAGGACUUCAACACGGCAUUCUCCUACUUCAUUGAGGCUUUGGAGGGAUACAACUCGCUUGACGAGGGCGAGUUGGCUACCGCGGCACUGCAGUAUAUGCUGCUCUGCAAGAUUAUGCUCAACCUAGUGGAUGAUGUUACCCAACUCUUGGGGUCCAAGCAAGCCCAGAAAUACGCCAGCCCACGCUUGGAGGCUAUGAAGUCUGUUGCGCGGGCUCACUCCAACCGAUCAUUGGAGGACUAUGAGAAGGCCCUUUCCGACUACCGGUACGAGCUUGGCAGCGACACUUUCAUUCGGAAUCACCUGCGUCGCCUGUACGAUGCUAUGCUGGAGCAGAACUUAAUCAAGGUCAUUGAGCCCUUCAGCCGGGUAGAACUCGACCACAUCGCCAAGAUGGUGGGCCUGGAUACCCAACAAGUGGAGCGGAAGUUGUCACAGAUGAUCUUGGAUAAGGUGAUCAUCGGUGUGUUGGAUCAAGGCUCAGGCUGCCUGAUUGUGUAUGACGAAACAGAACGCGACCAGGCCUACGAUGCCGCAUUGGAGACCAUUGAGAAGCUCAGCAAUGUGGUGGAAGGUCUGUAUACUAACCAGGCCUCGCUCCUGGAGUAG